AUGGCAGCCAGGAGAGACGAUUACUAUGCGACACUUAAAAUUCUCCUUAUUGGAAAUUCCAAUGUCGGAAAAUCCUCUCUUCUGCUACGAUUUACUGACGACACGUUUUUACCACAUGACGAAGUUUCGGCUACAAUAGGCGUUGAUUUCAAGGUGCAGGAUAUGGUAAUUGAUGACAAGAAAUAUAAAUUGACAAUCUGGGAUACGGCAGGACAGGAGAGGUUUCGAACUCUCACUUCUUCAUAUUAUCGCGGUGCUCAAGGGGUGAUCCUUGUUUACGACGUGAGCAAUCGAGAGACUUUUAAGGAAUUGGACAACUGGUUCAACGAGCUGAAUACUUAUUGUUCAAACAAAAACGUGGUGAAAAUGAUAGUAGGAAACAAAAUCGAUAAGGAACGCGAGAGGGUAGUCACGCGUAAAGAAGCCGAAAAUUAUGCGCGAGCAAAUGGAACCCUGUUUGUCGAAUGUAGUGUAAAAACCAGAUUUCAAGUAAACGAGGCAUUCGAAGAACUUGUUAAAAAGAUUAUUGAAACACCAGGUUUAUGGCUGAAGAAAGAAGAGGUCGAUCGUAUUCCAGAGAGAACACGUAAUGUAUCAACGAAUACUCGACCAAAUUAUUGUUGUUAA